AUGCCCAUCUUCCGCACCCUAACCACCAAACUUAAAACUUCACUCUCCGCCUCCUCCUCCCCAGACACAACACCAGUCCAAUCCCCCAUCUCGCCCCAGGCUUCCUCGCCCUCGUCAUCAUUUGAGCGGCUGGGAGGCCGCAAGCAAGGCUCAGGCAGCAUGACAGCUGUAGAUGCUACGGCGGGGGAGCGGCCGCAGGUGCAGGAGCGGACGGACUCGUUUAUGACGCAUCAUGGAGGCCAGGGCAGUAAUGAGAGUGUUGUGGAGAAGAAGAUGGUGACGAUGACAAAGCGGACGAGUCGGUUUAGGGAGGAGUUGGAUUUUGAGGCUGAGGAGUGA